AUGACUUCCAACCAGAUGCCAGAUCAACCAGGGCCAGAAGUGUUGGAUAUGGGGUUCCCCCACCUGUGUAAUACUGACCGGUCAUCACCUGUGGCACCCAUAUUGGAGUUGGAUAUGGGAUUUCCACCUAGCUGUGAAUUCAAUUUCCAGCAUUCGCCUGACCCGGCGAACAGCUCUUCAAACUUCCUGGCAGUGGAUCAUCCAGCCAGUAACUCAGUCAAUGUAAUUCCACCGAAAGACAGUCCUCUCGACAUGGGUUUCGACGCACUUCUGGUUCAACAUGAGCAUCCGGACCAGAUGCCUUUGGAUAUGGGCUUUGGCAUCAAUCUGGUUGAUUAUGUACCCGAUCGGUCAGUCGAUAUUGAACCGGAAGACAGGCCUUUGGACAUGGGCUUUGGUAUCCAUCUGGUUCAUAAUUUUCCAGAUCAGUCAUUGGAUAUUGGACCUGACAAUAUGCAUUUGGACAUGGGAUUUGAGACACCGGAUCCGGUAUAUCUUUCGCCGGAUCAGUCCUUGGGUCAACUGGAACCCAUUGGAUUUGUCAUUCAGCGCGCUGUAGGAGAUUUGCGCUUGGCGACACACUGGUUGGAGAUGCAAAGGGCCCAUGGCACAAUGUCACUGGAAGAAGCGUCUGUCAGCCAGGAAGUUCUUCAGUCCACCAAUGAGUUGUUGUUGGCAUUUCAACUGAUAUCAAUAUACCGACUGUCGACAUGA